CCCCAACUACGCCGCUUGUUUUCUGGAUUUUAAGGAAAUUUACGCUCGAUCAACAUGAUCGAAACACUCAUUCAGAUGUAUUUAAUCUGACAUAUCGCUCUUUUAACGGGAUCUGAAUGGUCAGGAAAAAUAAACGGAGUCAUUAUUGUACAGUGGCGUGGGGAGAGAUUAAUUGUCAUCGGAUAUUGUCGAUAAAUCAUCUGUGAUGGAGUAUCACAGUGUCGGAUCCGGAGGGGUGAUGGUCACCGGUAAUAAUAAUGUACCUGCGUUUCUCACCAAACUCUGGAUGAUGGUGGAAGAUCCGGACACGGACCCGUUAAUCUGUUGGAGUCAUAAUGGCAACAGCUUCCAUGUGUUCGACCAGGGUAGAUUUUCCAAAGAGGUUCUUCCGAAAUACUUCAAGCACAAUAACAUGGCCAGUUUCAUUCGACAGCUCAAUACGUAUGGUUUCCGUAAAGUUGUCUACAUCGAGCAGGGUGGACAGGUGAAACGGGAGAAAGACAACACAGAAUUCCAGCAUCUGUAUUUCGUCCGUGGACAGGAAAACCUGCUGGAGAAUAUUAAGAGAAAGGUCACGACAGGUGGAAAUGAGUCCUACAGCACAACAGCUGUCGAGAUGCCAGCAGAAGAAAUACCAUCUCCAUGCUCACCUGUAUUCUCUUCCUCUGAGCCGAGUACAUCAGGCAGUGAGGGGAAGAAACCAACAACACCUCUGCAUUCUCCUCUACUCACUUGUGCAAGAGUGCCACAGAAGAGAAAGAAGAGAGGACAAGAUAAACGUCUUUCCGAGCAGCUUAUACUCCUGGAGGCCCGCUGCUUGGAGAGCCAGCAGAAACUUCUAAAAGACGGUGACGAAUACACUAGAUUUGGUGAAACUGUCGCAGACUUGUUGCGGAGGCUGCCAGAGCAACAUCGAUCACAGGCCAUGUUCGAUGUCCACAAGCUGUUGUUUGAGAUGCAGCAGCAGCACAAGUGAACAUGAUUGUCUUUUGUUAUUUCGUUUUUUCACGUUGUAUCAAAUUUGUCGUCUCCCUUUUUGUAAUAUAGUUCUCUCCUUUAACUUUUAAACGCUUAUUUGCAAUUUCUUAUGUAAAGCAUAAUAUUAUUAUUCACAUUAUUCACUUAUUUCUCUUUGUUCACCUAGUGAUUUUUUUUUUUGUGUGGAUUUUGCACCUUAUUAUUUUCUGCACUUGCCCAUUAAUAAAUGGAACAAAAUAACAUUUAGUUUCUGCUUAUUAGAUGAGCCAGUGAAGCAUUUUAGGUUGUAAUUUAUUUCUCUCCUUAUCUCUGCACAUGCAUCAAGCACUAGGAUGUGUAAUCGAGCUUGAAAUCUUGAUUGUGCACAGUGACUGCAAUAGCAAUGUUUAUAGAGUAAAAGGAGAUUUAAGGUGGUCUGUUCUCACCCAAAACCAUCUGGGUCUCUUCAGAAGACAUGUAUUGAACCACUUGAGUCGUAUGGAUUACAUUUAUGCUGCCUUUAUAUGAUUUUUGGAGCUUCAAAUGUCUGGUCACCAUUUAAUUGCACUAUAUGGAGCUACAGAGCUGAGAUAUUCUUCUAAAAAUCUUCGUUUGUGUUCAGCAGAAGAAAGAAAAUAUACAGUGCAUCCGGAAAGUAUUCACAGCGCUUCACUUUUUCCACAUUUUGUUAUGUUACAGCCUUAUUCCAAUAUGGAUUAAAUUAAUUAUUUUCCUUAAAAUCCUACAAACAAUACCCCAUAAUGACAACGUGAAAGAAGUUUGUUUGAAAUCUUUGCAAUAUUUGCAGUAUUUGACCAGUCAAAUACUUCUCGCUUAAUCUCAGUAACCAUCCUGUUUUUGACACUUGCACUCAUGGAUUAAAUUAAUAAUGGCUGACAGUGAAUUGUGAAUUUAUACACUGGUAUCUGUAAUUUAAAACUAUUGCUUUUAAAUUAUACUGCAUCCAGGCCACUAGGUGUCAGUGUAAAUCUAAAACGACAUGAACAAAAACUUGCUGAGUGCUCAUUUAAUUAAUCCUUUUAUUUUGUUAACAAAGUUUAAUGUACUUGUACAUUUUAUAAUCAGAAACCCAUUUUGUACAUUCGGCUUUCUGAACUGCAACAGUACUUAAAAACUAUUUAU